AAUGUUGAAAUUUUUACAGGUUGAUUUAAGUUUGCGUUUGAAGACAAAGACCGGUUACACAGAACUAUGCAAGAUCGUAGGGGAAUCCUACUGUCAUUAUAACGAUUUGUGUUCUAUUCUUAAAGAUUAUAUGAAAGGCAAAACAUGUCGGGAGGACAUACCGAAACUGUUUAACAAUACUUGUGGUUGCCCAUUCAUUAAAAGGCCGUAUGACUUGCCGCCUAUUAAUAUUCCCAUACCGCCGCUAUCGUAUGAGGUACGAGGAACAUUUGUCUUGACCAUUAACCUACACGAGGAAGGAAAGAUAUUGGGAUGUAUAGAAAUCCAGUUCUGCAUAACCGACUGCAACCCCUUGGGAUACAGAUAAUAUGACAACAUGUUACUAUAUCAGUUUACGUGGAUUACUUUAGUUUAUCGACAGUGGCAAAAUAUGAGACUGGCUUUAAUUUAUACAUAUCUAUAGAGGCGGAAAAAACAAUGUGUGUUUUGAAGUUUUGAUUGUUUUACGGAACUUAUCAUAUUUCACAUAACUUACAAUACCGAACUAUAUGAAUGUUUACCUGCAUGUUCCCGAUAAAAUAACCUGAAUUCUGUAUUAAAUAUGUAUUUAAAAAAUGAAAAGCGAUCAACAAUUUUAGAUUCAUUUCGGAAAUAUACUUUAUUGGCUUCGUGUUAUUAUUGUUAUAAGACAUUUCUCAAACCAUGUUGAUAGUUUGUCCCUGAUUAAAAUAUCUGCAAGUAUGUUUACGAAUAAAAGUGAAAACUGUCAUAAUAUGUAUGUUACAUGGACAUUCGUGUUUACAAAUAGCACAUGUAAUAGUAAUUAACGACUUGAUAGCUGAUGUUUAAUUCCACGUUGCACCAAAUGCAUGGUCAUUUGUUUACCUUAUAUCACUGAUACGCAUCAAGCAAAAUUGAACAAGCUUGACCCAAAAGGUUAGAAACAGUCAUCUAUGUUAUCAAGUUAAUAAAAAAUCCAUUUCAACAUCAUUUUAAGAUUAGGUUUGUUUUUGUCAUUAAUUCACAAGAAUUUCACAAACAGCC